AUGGCCGCCCCGACGGUGCUUUUCACAGAAUUACUGUCAUCCAAUCGAACACCCACCGACGAUGAACGACAGGAGGCCGUGUCGCUUCUCCAGAUCUGGUCCACCGAAGCUGCGGUCCUAGCGGCUAAAGUUCAGGCCCUGCAAGCGGAGCUGGCGCAGGAAUCGGUGAAGCUGAAAGAGAUUCAAGAGCGCAUACGUCUUCAUAGCAGCAUCGUGUCCCCUCUGCGCUCCGUGCCAGCAGAGAUUCUGCAGCACAUAUUCCGGUACACGCUCCCAGAGUCUCACAACGCGCUGCUCUCGCCGGACGAAGCACCAAUCAUUCUCACUCGCGUCUGCCGCGUCUGGAGAGUGGUGGCACUCAGCACUCCCGAGCUCUGGUCGUCGAUCCACAUCGUCUGCACGCCGUUUGACAAGGACAUGCCCCAACGUUCCAGGGAGAUUGUCGAGCUACGACUUCGUGCGGUUGAAUCAUGGCUCGCGCGCUCGGGCACGUGUCUCCUUGACAUCUCUAUCCGUGCGGAGACAGAGGUGAUGGAUAUCGAGUUCAUGCCCUUCUCGGAGGGGUACAGGUACUCUUCUACCGUCCUGUCUGCCCUGCGCGCCAUCAUCCCACAUAGCCGGCGCUGGAGCCAGUUGUCCAUCGUCGCCACGAUGGGGGAGCUAAAGGAGCUUCUUCCUCUUCGUCUUGAUCUCCCGGAGCUGCAAUCCUUCGUCUUCCGUGAACUCGGUCGGCCAGUGUAUCCUGGCACUGAUGGUCGGUUCCAGCCAUUCUUUCUGUCUAGCGCCCAGAAAUUGCAACGUGCCUCAUUGAUCUUUCCUCAUAGCGAG